GUUCCAGCACGGAUGUCGCCAUCUUUAGUAAGGGACAAUAAGCCUAGUGCUAUAACACAACUUAUUGUAAUUUGGUGAAACUCGUGAUAUGUUUACUUUAUAUAGAUUUCAAGUGUUCUUUGAAGCACCUCACCAUACAGAGUAUCCUUCGCCUGUUCACGAUGGUAAAUAACAAAAACGGUAUAUACGUUUCUAUCUGAAACGGUUCGCGAGCGGGUCUCUGUCGCCAUCUUUACUUUGGGUGACGCCAACUCUCUUCCAUUUUCCUCCGCCUCUGGUUGUCAAGAAGAUGGCAGCUUCCAGGCAGGCAUGAGAGGAAAUACUUCUUCACAAAUCGAAUGAAUUUGGAUUAUUGCCGCAAAAUAAAACCACAUACCCGUGUUUUUGCGAUUACUGCAUCGAAAUAAAAGUCAUGUCUGCCCCUGGCUCCGCGGUGUCUGGGACCACGACGUCGGUUCUGCAGCCGCGAUGGAAACGGGUCCUCGGAUGGUCCGGUCCUGUUCCCCGGCCCAGACAUGGACACAGAGCUGUGGCUAUAAAGGAGCUUAUGGUUGUCUUUGGCGGUGGAAACGAAGGGAUUGUGGAUGAAUUACAUGUAUACAACACCGCGACAAACCAGUGGUUUAUCCCAGCAGUCCGUGGUGAUAUCCCCCCUGGUUGUGCUGCAUAUGGUUUUGUCUGUGAUGGCACAAGAUUGCUGGUGUUUGGUGGCAUGGUGGAGUAUGGAAAGUACAGCAACGAUCUCUAUGAACUACAGGCCAGCAGAUGGGAAUGGAAAAAGUUGAAAGCAAAAAACCCGAAGAAUGGCCCCCCUCCUUGUCCUCGUCUUGGCCACAGUUUUUCCCUGGUUGGCAACAAAUGCUACCUGUUUGGUGGACUAGCCAAUGACAGUGAGGACCCAAAAAACAACAUUCCCAGAUACCUGAAUGAUCUGUACACACUUGAGCUUCGUGCAGGUUCCAGUGUGGUUGGAUGGGAUAUUCCAAUCACAUAUGGAGUUCUGCCUCCUCCCCGUGAGAGCCACACUGCUGUUGUAUACACAGAAAAGACGAGCAGGAAAUCUCGCCUGAUAAUCUAUGGAGGGAUGAGUGGUUGUCGUCUUGGAGAUCUGUGGACACUUGAUAUUGAUACCCUGACAUGGAACAAACCAUCAGUAAAUGGAACAGCACCGCUCCCCAGAAGUCUUCACUCUGCUACCACCAUCACAAACAAGAUGUAUGUUUUUGGAGGAUGGGUUCCUUUGGUAAUGGAUGAUGUCAAAGUGGCCACACACGAGAAGGAGUGGAAGUGCACAAACACUCUUGCCUGCCUAAAUCUUGACACCAUGUGUUGGGAGACAGUAUUGAUGGAUACUCUUGAAGACAACAUCCCCAGGGCCCGUGCUGGCCACUGUGCUGUGGCCAUCAAUUCCAGACUCUAUGUUUGGAGUGGCCGUGACGGUUAUCGUAAAGCUUGGAACAACCAAGUCUGUUGUAAAGACCUGUGGUACCUGGAAACAGAGCGGCCACAUGCCCCUGCCAGGGUGCAGUUAGUCCGUGCCAACACAAACUCUCUGGAGGUGAGCUGGGGUGCCGUCUCAACUGCUGACACCUACUUACUGCAGCUGCAGAAAUAUGACAUCCCUGCAACUCCAGCUGCAGCCUCACCAGUCAUGAGUGCAACUCCCUCGCUGCCUGUGAACUCCCCAAAGAGCCCCGCACCAGCUGCUGCAGCACCCUCUGCUCAGAGCCUACCACAGACAGCUGUUUUGAAGGUUGCAGCUCAACAGUCUGCCACAGGUGCAUCCGUUGUCACAGUUCGCCCCAGCCAACCUGGGAAAUCCCCUGUCACCGUGACAUCCCUUCCUCCAGGUGUUCGAAUGGUAGUGCCCGCCCAGACCACCCAAGGAUCGCCAAUUGGCAGUAGCCCUCAGAUGAGUGGCAUGGCAGCUUUAGCUGCAGCAGCUGCAGCAACACAGAAGAUCCCACCCUCCUCUGCAGGCACUGUCCUCAAUGUUCCUGCAGGUGCCACCAUUCUCAAAACAGUAGCUGUUUCCCCUGGCACAACCACAAUGAAAGUGGCUUCUCCAGUCAUGGUCAGUAACCCGGCCACCCGGAUGCUGAAAACUGCUGCAGCCCAGGUGGGCACAGCAACUGCUUCCUCUCCCACCACCACCAGACCCAUCAUCACUGUGCACAAGUCUGGCGCAGUCACAGUGGCCCAGCAGGCCCAGGUUGUAACCACUGUGGUGGGAGGAGUCACCAAGACCAUCACUCUGGUCAAGAGUCCCCUCACCAUGGGCAGCAGUGGCACUCUGAUCUCCAACCUUGGCAAGAUGAUGUCUGUGGUACAAACCAAGCCAGUGCAGACAUCAGCUGUAACAGGCCAGGCUUCCACUAACCCUCUCACACAGAUCAUACAGACAAAGGGUCCCCUCCCAGCUGGCACUAUCCUGAAGCUGGUGACCUCCGCAGAUGGCAAGCCCACAACCAUCAUCACCACUUCCCAGGCAGGGGGCACAGGAAACAAGCCCACUAUCCUCAACAUCAGCGGUGUCUCUCCUACCACCACCAAGCAGGGCACCACCAUUAUUAAGACCAUCCCCAUGUCGGCCAUCAUGACCCAGCCUGGAGCUACAGGUGUAACAAGCAGUGCAGGCAUGAAAACGCCUAUCACAAUCCUUACCACAAAGGUGAUGACUACUGGAACUCCUGGUAAAAUCAUCACUGCAGUGCCCAAACUUGCCACUGCAGCUGGCCAACAGGGUCUGACACAGGUGGUUUUGAAGGGUGCUCCUGGGCAACCUGGCACUAUUUUGCGCACUGUGCCCAUGAGCACAGUGGGUGGUGUUCGACUUGUUACACCAGUGACAGUGUCUGCCGUUAAGCCCACUGUCACCACUCUGGUUGUCAAGGGGACUACUGGUGUCACCACUCUUGGGACAGUCACUGGUACGGUCUCCAGUAGCCUGGCAGGAGGCACGGUGGACAGUUCCAACGCCUCUCUGGUUACCCCCAUCACGACACUGGGAACCAUCGCUACCCUGUCCAGCCAGGUCAUUAGCCCAUCUGCCAUAACUGUGUCAGCUGCUCAGACCAGCCUGACUUCUGCCUCCACACAGCCCUCCUCUACCAUGACAGUGCAGAACCAGCCCACCCAGGUGACUCUGAUCACAACCCCCAGUGGUGUAGAAGCUCAGCCAGUGCAGGAUCUACCAGUGUCCAUCCUGGCUUCACCAACCUCUGAGCAGCCCAGCUCCACUGAGGCUGGAGCAGCUGGAGAGGGCUCUGGGACCGUCACCCUGGUCUGCUCUAACCCGCCCUGCGAGACCCACGAGACCGGAACCACCAACACAGCCACCACCUCCUCUGCUACAAUUGGAGCAGGACAGGUGUGCUCUAAUCCGCCCUGUGAGACCCACGAAACAGGCACCACCAACACAGCCACAACUGCAUCUUCAAAUAUGUCUGCGCUGCGUGUGUGCUCCAACCCACCAUGUGAGACCCAUGAAACUGGGACAACUAACACAGCUACCACAGCAUCGGCUAACAUGGGAGGAGUCCAGAAGGUGUGCUCCAACCCACCCUGUGAGACCCAUGAAACUGGGACAACUAACACAGCUACCACAGCAUCGGCUAACAUGGGAGGAGUCCAGAAGGUGUGCUCCAACCCACCCUGUGAGACUCAUGUGACAGGCACCACCAACACAGCCACCCAGGCGUCAUCUAACAUGAACACAGGCCAGACGGGCACCACGCAGAGGGUGUGCUCGAACCCACCCUGCGAAACACACGAGACUGGGACCACCAACACCCCAUCAACAGCCACAUCCAGCAUGGGAAGCGACCAGACGAGCACAGCGACGGGCCUGGUCCAGAGGGUGUGCUCCAACCCACCCUGCGAAACACACGAGACGGGGACCACCAGCACCCCAUCCACAGCCACCUCCAGCAUGGGAGGCGACCAGACCAGCACAACGACAGGCCUGGUCCAGAGGGUGUGCUCCAACCCACCCUGCGAAACACACGAGACGGGGACCACCAACACAGCCACCACUGCCACCUGCAACAUGGAGACAGGCGAAGGCACAGCAGCCCAGCAGACAGAGGAGGGAGCAGAAAGUACCAGCAGCACAGAAGUGGCCUCCACCACUGCAGCAACUGGCAUGGUUACCACCACCCAGGGCAGGGCCAUCACUACUGUCACCCAGUCUACACCAGCCCCCGGACCCUCUGUACCUUCGAUCUCAUCAAUCACAGAGGGUGUGAGUACUGCUGCCAGCUCCACAGAGGAACCCAUGCAAACUGAUGAGACAGCAUCAGCAGAAGCUGCACCUGCAGAGGAGGGAGCCACCGCUAUGGAGACGCAAGCAGAGGGAGAAGCAGCCGCAGCAACAGCCUUGAAUCUGCCCUCAGAGCUGAUGUCUGAGGGUCAGGCAGCCACGCUCAUGGUGACGGGGCUGUCGGACGAGGAGCUGGCUGUGACUGCAGCAGCAGAGGCCGCCGCUCAGGCUGCAGCCACUGAAGAAGCCCAGGCUCUUGCUAUCCAGGCUGUCCUCCAGGCAGCUCAGCAAGCCGUAAUGAAUGAGGGCGAUUCCACUGGAGAGAGCCAGCAACCCACCAACAUCCCCAUCAUGUUGACCCAGCAGGAGCUCGCAGCGCUGGUCCAACAGCAGCAGCAGCUGCAGGAGGCGCAGGCUGCUGCACAGCAGGCCACCGUGGACACAAGCUUGCCCACUGAGGGCCUCGCCCCUGCUGACAGCCUCAACGACCCCUCUGUCGAGAGCAAUGGGCACAAUGAGAUGGCUGCCGCAGUCACCAGUGCUGUGGCGUCACUCCUGCCACGUACCACUGCUGAGACACUUGCUCCAUCGAGCACAUUUGCACCCUCUGUAUCGGUGGCGAGUCCAGCCAAGCUGCAAGCAGCAGCCGCUCUAGCAGAGGUCGCCAAUGGCAUCGAGGGAGAGAAACAAGGCCCUCAGCCAACCCCAGUGAAACCUGUUGUAAAGAAAGAGAACCAGUGGUUUGAUGUUGGAAUCGUUAAAGUGACAAAUAUGGUUGUCACCCAUUUCUAUGUGCCAGCAGAUGAUUCUCAUGGAGAUGAUGACUCUGGCAUCAUGCCAGACUACAGCCAGAUGAAGAAAAUGGAGCUGCAACCUGGAACGGCUUACAAGUUCCGUGUUGCUGGAAUCAACGCUUGUGGUCGUGGAGCUUUCUCAGAGAUAUCUGCUUUCAAGACUUGCCUACCAGGCUUCCCAGGGGCACCUUGCGCCAUCAAAAUCAGCAAGAGCCCAGAUGGCGCCCACCUGACCUGGGAGCCACCCUCGGUGACGUCGGGGAAGAUCAUAGAGUACUCUGUGUACCUGGCCAUCCAGAGCAACCAGACAGCUGAAGCCAAGGCCUCUACCCCGGCACAGCUAGCCUUCAUGCGCGUGUACUGUGGACCCAACCCCUCCUGCUUGGUGCAGUCGUCGAGCCUCUCCAACGCCCACAUCGACUACACCACCAAGCCAGCCAUCAUCUUCCGCAUUGCCGCCCGCAAUGAGAAGGGCUACGGUCCUGCCACCCAAGUUCGAUGGCUGCAAGAAUCCGGCAAAGAUGCCGCCUCUGCGAAACCGGCCCCUAAAAGACCAGGCACCUCCCCUGAUACUAAGGCUACUGGUCCAAAGAAAGCAAGGACGGACCAGUGAGGUUGCCCAGAGACCCCUCCCAGUCUUUUGUCCUUUUUUCAACUCGCUGUCCUUUUAUCAGGAAGACUGACCUUCACCCCUCCUGCACCUUCUCAUCCUCAUCCUAAUCUCAUCCUCCACCCUCAAGUCUCAGAUCAAGACAGCAAUGGAGGCAGAACAACCGUAUGAAGCCGAGAUGAAAGUCAAUCUGAGAGAUGUUUCUGUAGAUAAAAAAACCCUCCUUCCUCCUCGUUCUGUUGGUCGUACUAUUUUUAGAGCAACACAAACUUAGAAGCACAUUAUCUUUUUCAGUCACACCCCCUUCCAUUGUUUAACAUCUAUUUUUGGCUUGUUUCAAUAGUUGAGCAGUAUAGAGAAGCAUUUACAUCUUUCACAAACUGGGAGCCAGCCUGAGCGCAAUGUUACCUUUCCUUUUUUUCUUUUUCUUUUUUGUCUUUGUUUUGUGAAUCCUGGGGGGGAUGUAGAGAGAGACUACAUGAAAUGUACAGUGUUGAAAAAGGCUGUGGAGGCACUAGUUUAGAUGAGAGGAAAAAUUGGUAUGGAAACAAAUAAAGCACUUGUCCUCGACGAAAGAGGACAUAAUUUUUUCCUUUCUUUUUUGCUCAAAACAAAUUUGCUUCAUCGAGAACCAAGUCUAUAGUCAUCGUACUGGACUCCAGUCUCCUGGUAAUGUCAUCACUGUGCGCUUCUAACCCCAAGAUGAGGACUGGUGGCCGACACUUCAAAGUGGACAAAAAGAGAAUGACAAAGGAAGAGAUCUGUAGAGAAUGAAUGACAGACUUUGCUAGGACUGAGACUUGCAGCACACACAAAAAAAAAUCUUCAAAAAUCUUCCCAAAAAAUUAGCAAGCAAUGACGCAGAUCUUUUGUGUAGUUUAUUUUUGUAUUUUUUAAGCUUUUUUUUUUCUCCUGUGUGUAUGUAUGUUGUGUGCAUUUUUAAAAACAUCACUUUUUUUAACUGUUGUUCAUCCCCAUAGUUUGUGUUCGUGGGAAGAUGGGUGGCUGUGUUGAGGUUGCCACUAUAUUUUUAAAAAUCUUCAUUCAGUUGGUUGUAUGUUCUUGUUGUUAACAGGUGGUAAUGAAAGCGAGAAAGACUUUUUGUAUUUGUUCCAAGUAGAACCGCAGAGGUUAUAGGACUGAAGGGAACUUUGAAGUGGACCCAGGGAGAGAAGAGUUUUGACUUUGUUACUCAAUGCUUGUGUUGCUUUGUUUGCCAAACAUGGAAUUUCACGGGGUAUGAGGAAAAAUAACAUCAGAUCUCUUCAUGCCUUUCCCCUUAAUAUCCCCAUCAGUUGUCCUAUGCUUUUUAUGCUCAUGAAUGUGGUGUCUCACCUCUUCUUUAAUUUUUUUUUAGAAAGGCAAAUUAUAUUAGUAGACAUAUUUUCCCUAUCCUAUUGAUGUAUGUGAAUCCAUUUAAUAAAUUUUAAUUUUUUUCCUUCCACGGCUCUGUAUUUCAGACUACAGAUGGUGUGCAAGCUAACUGUGACGUGUAUACCCGAAUGUCUUUUGAAUGGGGGAUGUCUUUUGGAAGAAAGCUUACAUAGCCAGAGUGUACUCACCUGUAAAUUAGUUCGUUCAUCGAGCAAGAAUAAAACAAACAACGAAAAAAACAUCUUGGCCUUUUAUAUAAUUACCUGUGACAAACGGUUUUUACAUGUUGGUCAUCUCUUGAUUGCUUUUGUGUCUUUACUUAUAAAAGAAACAAAUAUAUAUAUAUAUAUAAAUAUAUAUAGUCUCCCUGAUUGUUCUAAUUUGCUUCUGUCAAGAUGAUUCACUGUAGGAGUCUGAAUCACUGCUAGGUUCAUUACAAUACAAACUUGUACAGGGAGUUGGUUUCUGACUGGACAUGACAGUGUAUAUCUACUUUGUAAGGGCGGAUUCAGGUGCGAUGGUAACGGCCGGGAAGAUAAGAGCCAAGGUUUUCGCUUGCCGCCUUUUCUCCUGCUGGCACCUUGGUUUCUGUUUGUGGUGUCUCCCGAUUUCUUUCUAGAAAUGAACUUUCUCUUCAUAUGCAUUCAUAAUUUUUGUGCGUGUCAGUGUGUCUGUUGAACAAAACUAGACAUGCAUGCAAAAGCAGUGUAUUUUAGUAGUGAUGCCUUAAGUUAGACCAUAAGCUGAAGGUUCUCAAAAAAAGAAAAAACAUUUAAUGAGUUUGUUCCUCUCUCCAUGUGGUAUACAAUUGUGUCCUUUCCUUCCACAGUACCUUUGCUGGGUCACUAUUUUUGCACCCUCGUUAGAUAGGUCAUCAGCAGUGCCGAGGUCUCUGAACUUUCCCUCCCACAGUGCUGCUCUCAGCACUCACAGGUGUUGCGAGUUUCUCUCGGCUGUUUGCAGGUUAUCUGGAAAUGUCCUGUAUUUUCCAAUGUGUGUUUUUUGUACUGUAGGGAGUAAUGUAUCUUUUAUCAUCAAAAAAUAAACAUGUUAAACAUA